AUGAAGGAAGAGGCAGCGAAGGAUAAUAAAAAUGUGAACUGCAGCCAGGAUGGGACAAAAUGUCAGGCUUCUAGUAUCCUUUUAUCCAGGUCCAACAAAGUUUCUGGAAGGGAGAGCAAGACCAGGAAUGCAGAAAGUAAAAAGAAGACAAUUGAGAGAGGGAAGAGCAAACUAAAAGAAAGCAAAGCAAAUGUAGAUGCUGACAAACCAAAGAUUAUACCUCCAAGUAAGGCAGUGAAGCGGAAGUGCUCCCCUACUCCUGUAAAUAACAGUGAUAACCCAGCUAAGAUCUCCAGACUAGAAAGAGAUGAAGAAGGGGACGUUUCUAAAGAUGUAAAAGAGGACACUGUUAGCAAGAGUACAAAACUAAAGGCGCCAUCAGAACGCAAGUUCCAUUGUCCAGACUGCAAUAAAAGCUUCUGCCAGAUAGGUCAUCUACGACGACACAGUUUCAUCCAUACUGGCCACAAGCCAUUCCUGUGCACAGAGUGUGGUAAAGCCUAUUGCUCAGAGGAGAGCUUUAAAGCCCACCUUUUAGGCCACCAGGGUCUCCGUCCUUUUAAAUGCUCACUCUGUGAUAAAGCGUAUGGCACACAACGUGACCUGAAAGAGCAUUCUGUGCUCCAUACAGGGCAAAGGCCCUACCGCUGUGAGGACUGCGGUAAAAGCUUUGCCCGCCGUCCUACUUUACGCAAUCACAUGCUCGUACAUACAGGGGAAAAGCCCUAUACGUGUCCGGACUGUGGCAGUAGCUUUCGCCAUAAGGGAAAUUUGCGGAUUCACCAGCGACUUCAUACUGGCGACCGCCCGUUCAUGUGCCAGUACUGUGGAAAAGCCUACCCCAUCGCCACCAAACUGCGGCGCCACCUGAAAUCCCACCUGGAGGAUAAACCAUUCCGCUGCCACCUAUGUGGCAUGGGCUAUAAUCUGCAGCACAGUUUGAAGCGCCAUUUGCACAGCCACAGAGAUAAUGAACUGAAAACUGAAGAUUCUGCUGCCGAGUCAGCUGCAGGCAGCGAGCCGGAGCACACGCUGGUAUUGCUGCAGUUAGUUGAGCCAGAGGAAGCUUCCGAGAGCUCAAACAGGAUACUGAUUGCAGACUUUUCAGAGAGCUCUGAAGCAGAUCAUUCCCACAAUACCCGCACACUGCUUUUUCCACUGAACUCUGAAACAAUAGAGGUCUCUGCAGGUUCCAAUCACCGUGGUGGAAUCCUGCACAGGGAUCAUUGCCCUGGAAUAAUACUGCUUCCUCAGGCACUGGGAUUCAGUACUGUAAUAGAGGAGGUGGAGGUUGAGUGA